ACACGCACCAUUGCACGCAUGUUAGAAGAAUCUGGUUAAACUACGCUACGAAUGGGCACUCAUGUGCAAGGAUUGGGACAUAUGAGCAGUGGAGCAAGAUUAUAUGGAGUGCUAAAUGCUCAGUUGAGCUUGGCAAAGGGAAGCAGAAUUAAUGGUUUUAUGGCGGCUUAACCACUUCAAUGAAAAAUGGAAAAAGAAGCAUAUAGUCCCAUACACCAAAAGCAAAGGAAUAUCUAUCAUGGUUUGGGCGGCAGUCUGGGGUGGUGGCCACACUGAAAUCUAUCGAACGAGUCGGGAUGAAGAAUUUGCUCCAAGAGGGUAUUUAUUCUUCACGGUCCUAUUUGGAGAUAGAUUAUCGAAGAUUAUCUACCUGUUAUAUGGGAAUCUGAGUUGGUUUGAUGAACAUGUAUUCCUCUUGUUGACUGGCCACCCUACUCACCUGAUUUGGACCCUAUUGAACAUGCCUGGGCCAAGUUGAAAGAGCGUAUAUAUGCUCUAUCCAGACCUUGAAUUG